AUGCCUUUGUGGAGAACCAAAUCCAACCACAGCCAAGCGGAGAGCGAUUCCGCCGCCGCCGAUCCCAAGAACGACCCCAUGGCCUCGGCGUCCCAGGCUGCAAGUGAUGCCUGGCUCGCGGGCCACUUGCACCAUCUUACCGAGGAACAGGAGGGGAAAUUGACUGAGUUCAAGAAAUUCUGUGAGAAGGAGGGGUACUAUAAACCAGGGGGUGAUGGGGGAAAGCCGAGCCAUGAUGAUGCGACGAUGCUGCGAUUUUUGCGCGCGCGCAAGUUUGACGUGGAUGGGGCUUGGGGUCAGUUCAAGGAUACGGAGGACUGGCGCAAGGAGAACGCUAUCGAGUCUCUGUACGAGAAUAUUGAAGUGGACUCUUAUGACAGGGCAAGAAGAAUGUAUCCGCAAUGGACCGGCCGUCGAGACCGCCGUGGUAUUCCGGUGUAUGUGUUUGAGAUCCAGCAUCUGAACAGCAAGAACAUGGCUGCAUAUAACGCGACUAUGGAGAAUCCGGAAGCGACGGCAGAAACGCACAAGUCUUCUUCAGUUCCUCAGCGUCUCCUACGCCUGUUUGCGCUAUACGAGAAUCUCCUCAACUUCGUCAUGCCGCUUUGCUCGCAAUUAUCUCGCCCGCAUCCAGAGACCCCCAUUGUGGCUUCGACGAAUAUUGUGGAUGUCGGUGGUGUUGGAUUGAAGCAGUUCUGGAACCUCAAGGGACACAUGCAGGACGCCAGUGUACUUGCGACAGCCCAUUACCCCGAGACCCUGGACCGCAUUUUCAUCAUUGGCGCUCCUGCCUUCUUCCCAACCGUUUGGAGCUGGAUCAAGCGUUGGUUCGACCCAGGCACCACUUCGAAGAUCUUCAUCCUUUCUGCCUCCGAAGUCCUUCCCACUCUCUCCUCGUUCAUGGAUCCCUCGAGCAUUCCCAAGCAAUAUGGUGGAGAGCUCGACUGGCAAUGGGGCGAUAUGCCCAAUCUCGAUGAGCCGGCUCGUGAACUUGUCGGCGCGCUUGAAACCGCGCCGGAAGAGGGUCAAACCAAACCGAGCUUCAUCAAGGGCCCGGUUCUCUUCAAGGGCGAUAGGGUCGAUAUUAUCGGCAAGGAAAGUGGAAAGGCUAGAGAGUCUUCCAUUCCCGUUCCCAAGUCCAAGCUCGCGGAAGAGAAAGAGGCCGCUGCGGCCAAACCCGAAGGCCAUGAGAAAGAACAGCAACCCGCUGUAGACGAAUCUACUCCAGCCACUGAAGAAAAGGAAGCUUCCGAAAAGGUCACUGAAAAGCCCGCUGAAAAUGGCGUUGCGACGAAACCCGAGGGUGAGACUGAACCUCUCGCCAACACCAACACUUCCCUUCCUACUCAGACGGUAUCCGCCUGA